AUGGUGGUGCGUAUUCGGUCAUACUGGCCACAUCGAAGACUGUGUUGUCAGUGCAGACACGAGAGCGGCGGCCGGUGCUGCCCGCCACCAACUGCCGCCGCCCCCGCCGCCAGCAUGACGAUGGACCUGAACGUGUCGUCGCGGGCGCCGCUGUGCUCUCCGCCGCUGGCGCUGGACAAGGCGUCGGCGUCGUCGCCGCCCGUGUCCGCCCCCUCGCCCGUGUCGUCGUCGGCCCCCGGCAAGCGCAGCUUCGACGUCGCCUUCCUGGUGGGGCCCGACGAGCGGCUGGAGGCGGCGCGCAGCGGCAAGCAGGCGCGGGCCGCUGACGCCCACCCCCACCCCCACCCCCAGUGCCACCCCCACCCCCAGGGGCAGGGGCAGGCGCAGCCACACGGCCAGCUGCGGGUGGUGACGGCGAGCGCGCUGCUGCGCCGGCCGCCCGCGCCGCCCUCGCCGCCCCCGCACCAGCCGCCGGCCCCGCAGCUCUACUACCACUCCGAGGACUACAUCCGCAGCGCCUUCACCAAGGUGGUGACGAGCAGCGGCGGCGGCCGCGACCCGCUCCCCCUGCCGCUGUCGCUGCCGCUGUCGCUGUCGCCCGCCUCCUCGCUCUCGCUGUCUCCGGACCCGCCGCCGGUGCCCGCCUCCGCCGCCGCGGCGCCCUACCACAGCCCCGGGCCCGGCCACGCCGCCUCCGCCUCCGCCACGCCCGAGUCGCCGCCCCCGCCGCCCAAGCUGGGCCCUCUCCCGCUGGCGCUGCCGCUGCCGCCGCUGCUGCCGCCCUCGGUGGCCGUCUCUUCCGCCUCCGCCGCCCUCAAACCGCCGCCCCCGUCUGCAGCCGGCGCCUCCUUCCUGCAGCCACCGCACUCCAGGCACCACGACGUCACCAACGGCGGUGCCGGCGUCACCGUACACGCCAAGGGCUCUGGGGGCAGCGAGCUGCUGCUGAAGGCGGCGGUGCCGUCUCUGGGGGCGGGCAUGGGCCCGCGGCUCUACCCCGGCGGCGUGUCUGGCCACGAGGCGUACCUGCCGGCGCUGUGCUACCCGCCGUUCGCCGACCUGCUGGUGGCCGCCGCGGCGCUGCUGCCGCCGUCGCUGGCGGCGCUGUCGCUGCCGGCGCAGAACGUGUGCGCCAAGUGCAACGUGAGCUUCCGCAUGACGUCGGACCUGGUGUACCACAUGCGGUCACACCACAAGGGCGAGUCGCAGGCCGAGGCGCUGCGGCGGCGGCGCGACCAGGACAAGCUGCGCUGCCCCGUCUGCGCCGAGACGUUCCGCGAGCGCCAUCACCUCACGCGCCACAUGACGGCGCACCAGGACAAGGAGGGCGACCUCGUCGACGACAAGUGA